UCCCCUCCAUCCUACUUCCCGAACACAGCACAGCGCAGCACAGCCCCACGGAACCGACGGAGAGAAACAAACAACCUAGCGACUGGUGUGAACACGCGGGACCAUUCCAUUUCCAAUUCCUCCCCCCCUUUGCCUUGGUUCCCACACCGACUUUGUACCUACACGGAUACCACCGCAAACCGAACCAACCAUGCCUCCCACGAAGCUCCCGGAAUCCGGCAACCCGUUGGUCUUUUUUGAUAUCACCCUUGGCGGUGAACCCUUGGGCCGCGUCACUUUCGAGCUCUUCAAAGAUGUCGUGCCCAAGACGGCCGAGAACUUUCGCCAGUUCUGCACCGGCGAGUCCAAGGACGCCCGUGGCCGUCCGCAGGGCUACAAGGGCUCCAAGUUCCACCGCAUAAUCCAAGGCUUCAUGUGCCAGGGCGGAGACUUCCUAAACGGCGACGGCACGGGCUCCGUCUGCAUCUACGGGUCCUCCAAGUUCGAGGACGAGAACUUUAACUUGAAGCACGACCAGCCAGGCCUGCUUUCCAUGGCCAACGCCGGCCCCAACACCAACGGCUCCCAGUUCUUCAUCACUACCGUCCCGACACCCUUCCUUGACAAUAAGCACGUCGUUUUCGGCAAGGUCGUCGACGGCAUGGACAUUGUCAAGAUGAUGGAGGCCACCAAGACGGGGUACCGCGGCAAGGACCAACCGAACCAGGACGUCGUCAUCGCGCAGUGCGGUGAGAUGUGAGUUGGUCUAGAGGAUCGGCACACGGCUGGUCGAUGUACGAGGGGUUGGCGUGGUUGGCGGUCCGAGAUGUGGAUGUGGUAGCGAAACUUCGAGGGUCCAAAGCGCAUUGGUGCCUUAAUGUCGACCUGAGGCUAUGAAGGCCGAGGCGCAUUCAGGCCGGUAGAGAUAAACCCCCCAAGAAGGACAUGCCGCUGUGCCUUCAUUCCGUCGGGAACUUCCUGGCCUUUACAGGACUCGCUUAUAUGCAGCUUCGAAGUAGCUUUGCCCAGACGGCGGACAAUCAGAGGCUCAUCCUCUCAGAUAGUCAUGUUCAAUAGCAACUGGAUCCGCGUA